AUGAAUGCGGUUUUGUGGAGUUGGAGUCUCGCAGGACUCAUACUCUUAAGAGUCUUAAGCAUAAUUGCAAAUGGAGUAAUGGGUUUUGAUGAAAUGGACGACUUGUUCAACGAUUUCAAUGGGACAAAUGUUUUUCAGAAACAAGUUGAUGCGAAUGUUCUGGUGGUAGGACUCACUCUCGUCCAAGCCGCUGCUGCUAAAGGAGCGGUGUGUCUGGAUGGGUCAGUGCCUGGAUAUCAUUUGUAUCGUGGGUACGGUUCAGGAGCAAACAGUUGGAUCAUUCAGUUGCAGGGUGGUGCAUGGUGUGACAGCAUAAAAAAUUGUCAGGACCGUAAAUGGAGUGGUUAUGGAUCGUCUAAAUUUAUGGAGAAACAGUUAAAUUUUACAGGGAUACUAAGCAAUAAAGCUGCCGAAAAUCCAGACUUUUACAAUUGGAAUAAAGUUAAAGUCCGGUAUUGCGAUGGUGCAUCCUUUGGCGGUGAUAGCGAAAACAAGGCUGCAAAACUACAGUUUAGAGGAAGGCGUAUAUUUUUAGCUGUCAUGGAAGAUUUGAUGGCAAAGGGAAUGCGUCAGGCUAAACAAGCUUUGCUCAACGGAUGUUCUGCUGGGGGUCUUUCUUCGAUUUUACGAUGCGAUGAUUUCAAGGGUUUGUUUCCUCCUACCACCAAAGUAAAAUGCAUGAGUGAUGCUGGUUUCUUCCUUGAUGCCGUUGAUAUAUCUGGAGGUCACUCGUUAAGGCGUAUGUAUUCUGGUGUCGUAAACACCCAGGGUUUGCAAAACACGCUUCCUCGUACAUGUACAAGCCAUCUUGAUCCAACUUCGUGUUUUUUCCCUCAAAACAUAAUCAACCAAGUGAAGACUCCAUUGUUUAUUCUCAACUCGGGAUUUGAUGCGUGGCAGAUUGGAAAUAGUAUAGCUUCACCAUCUGCUGAUCCGAGUGGCAGUUGGCAUGAUUGCAGCUUCAAGUUCAGGUGCAACCCCGCUCAAAAGAAGGUCUUGGAAGGUUUCAGGCUGAGCAUGUUAAACGCGCUAAAGACCUUUCUGAUAUUGAGAAAGAACAGUGUGUUCAUUAACUCGGUAUGGGCUCAUUGCCAAACAGAGAGACAAGAUACUUGGUUUCCUGCAAACUCUCAAGCGCGUAAAGAUAAGGGGAUCGCUGUAGUUGUUGGAAAUUGGUAUUUCGAAAGAGCAAAACAGUAA